UAGGGCCAUGGGCGUUUCGCAAGUGAAGUUUACUGUCAAACUAAACCUAUAAAUAACUGAAACCACAUUUCUUUGUCGGGUUAGUGAGCGUGUCCGCAGUUUUCGUGGUCUCUCUGAUAAACAAGUCGCCUGUUUACACUGUGCUGCAGAUGGGACACAGCCAGUGAGCUGGAUUGAACAAGUCAAAGUGUCAUGCCGGUCCCAGCUAUGGCAGAGCCUGUGGUUGAUCAUCAGAGACGGUUUCACGCUGCCGUGGAUGUCAUCCAUAACCUCCCCAAAAAUGGUUCCUACCGACCGUCCUAUGAAAUGAUGCUGCGUUUCUACAGUCUGUACAAGCAGGCGGUGUGUGGACCCUGUGCAGUGCCUCGACCCGGCUUCUGGGACCCAGUGGGUCGCUACAAAUGGGAUGCCUGGAGCUGCCUGGGAGAAAUGAGUCGUGAGACGGCCAUGGCAGCAUAUGUGGAUGAGAUGAAGAAAGUAGCACAGGAGGUCAUUGACACCAUGCCCAUGGAUGAGAAGACGGCUUCACUCUUCCACCACUUCGAGCCUCUCUACCUGGUGAUUGACGACAUGCCGCGGCCUCCAGAGUCACUGCUCACACUCAGAGAAGGUCUUAAAGGCAAUGAGCAUGCUAGCAGGCCAGCAGAGAUGAAGGAUGAGGAUGAGGAUGAGGAGCAGGGCGACACUAAAGAAGACUCCCCUCCUCCAGAAGCUGCUGAUCCACAUCAGGAGUUCAACCUGACUGAGGUUAUAGACCUCACUGCCAACACCAUCGCUAAUGACUCUGGUGUGUCUGAGGGUUUGGUGUUGACCAGCGACUCAGAGAGCGAGGUCUUCUGUGACUCUGUGGAUUCAGUGGAGCAACUCAGCGACAUUAAGACUCCAGUUGUCAAGUCCAAUGGUUUUCAUAAUGGUCACGUGUCCUUGGAGUCAUCUCCGGUUCCCAGCCAUCAGGUGGAGCGCCGUCUGGAGGUCAGACAGGUCGGAGCAGGUCAGGGUGGAGAGGGGGCGGAGGAUGGAAAGGGUCAGGGUCCCAACAGAAGGAGUCGAGACACCAGGCAGGAAGGAUCCUACCACAACUGGAGAGAACGUGGUGUUCCUCAGGGCAGCCCGAGGCGGGGGGCCCCGGGCGGCGGUGGCGGCGGGGCCGGACGAGGAGGAGGGGACGGCUCAGAGGGCGGGGUUGAGAGGCUGCAUGACGCCCAGCUGCAGCAGCAGAUCAUCGUGGCCCUGCGGAGGCUCAGAGAGGACAUGAGGAGCGUGAUGGACAGGCUGGAGGUGGUGGAGAGGCUCGCUGCCACACAUACCCAGAGCUCAGAGUGGAGACUAUGUCUGCAGUGUGCAGCCACAGCUUCACAACCACAGGAGGAGAGGUGGUGGCCCUUUGAUGUGUCAGGUCAGACCGUCCUCCUCUUCCUCUUGUGGCCGUUUGUCGCUCAGGGUCUGGUCUACCUGCUGAGGAAAGCCCAGAAGAGAAGUCGCAUUUCUUCAUGAAGGGAGCCGAUGAAGACAUGUAAGCAUUCACCUACAGUGAUCCACCGGUGCAAGUUUAAUUUCUCCAGCAGGAAGGACUGAAUCAAAUAGGAUUUCAUGGGAAGGCCUCAUCCCCCUCACUGUGUGCACUGAAUGGAGGGAGAGAAGUUUGUGGACUUGCUGUCUACUCGGAGAGAAAUGUACCUACCUGUGUUUUCACACCUCAGGAUUCAGAAAUCCUCUCAUGCACUACAGCAAAUGAAUCUUUAUUAUAAUUAUUCAAGUGGAUUAAUCAGAUGGCUUCUGUUGGGCAGCAGGAAGCAGGUACUGAACAUGAUAUUGACCCGGAUGAGUGCUUAUACUGAUCAGAAGUAGUCUGAGUGAAAGACUUGGAUAAUAAUAUAACAUUAUAAUCCAAGUUAGUGAGACAUAAUGUCAGUUCACCAUAUUCUAUUUGUAACAUGCAGACUGUUAUCAGAGUCAAAAACAGCACAAUGCAGCCAAAAUACCUGCUUUCCAAUGGAAGAAGUCAAAUUACUGAUGAAGUCACGUAGUUGCUAUGUCACUGUCAUGUUGGAUCCGCUGUCUCUCUGCAAUCGGGAGGAGCAGCUCUGUAUUGACUAUGGCUACACUUGUCAUUUCAUUGGAGUCAUUCAGGUCUGAUUCUAGACCUCAGUUUGUGUGUCAGUGUCUCAUUUGUCUGAUAUUUAAGUGUUACUGUUAGAAAGGUUUAUCAAUCACUGGACUACUACAAUAGCUGGUUGAUUGUUUCUCUAUAAUGAACCUUUUUAGCAGUUUACAUCCUGGAUUUCGUCAAAAAUGAGACAUUCAAGUCUUAGAAUGAAAACUUUUUGUCUUUUCAGUGCUCUGGUGCAUCUCAGACUGCUUGUGUGCUAACUGUACAUUAAUUACAUCUAGAACACAACUCCUGAUCACAGUGACAAUAAUUGUGUACUUAUGGAUCCAGUAUCAAGGUAAACAUAAUCAGAUUGCUUUGGAUGAUCUAUUGUGACUCCGGGUGUGAUCAGAAGAUUAACUACACUGAAAUGACAAGUGUAAUUGAGACUGUUGGAACUAAAUAAUGGAAGAACUGUUUGCCCUGUAUUAAACAGUCAUGAAUAAUAUUAAAGCAUGAGCUCAAAUUAAAAAGUCUAU